AUGGGGUGCCUCUAUGAGUUGCCUCAGCCCAUGGUUUCCCGGAAGUCCAGCCCCUUCCAACGCAGGGUGUGGCUGGCCCUGUCCCGCCGUGGGCUGUCUGUGGUCAAGGGAAGAUUCUGGAGUCCCUUCCCCUCCUCCUUCAGAGUGACCUCACAUACCCUUUCUCUGCCCCGAGAGCAGCAGGAGCUCCCAGCCCGCGUGAACUUCUCAGCUGCCCCCGCCCCUGCGCCCGUGGUGCCCACCGCCCUGCACUCCAAGAUGGACAAACUGGAGGGGCAGCUGCUGGCCAAGGUGCUGGCACUGGAGAAGGAGCGUGUGGCACUCAGCCACAGCAGCCACCAGCAGCGGCAGGAGGUGGAGAAGGAGCUAGGCGCCCUGCAGGACCGCAUAGCCGGACUGGAGCACGGGUCCUCAGCCUACAGCCCUCCUGACGCCUUCAAGAUCAGCAUCCCCAUUCGCAACAACUACAUGUACGCCCGCGUGCGGAAGCCGCUGCCCGAGCUCUACGCCUUCACCGUCUGCAUGUGGCUGCGGUCCAGGUCGGGCGGCACUGGCCAGGGCACCCCCUUCUCCUACUCAGUGCUGGGGCAGGCCAAUGAGAUUGUGCUGCUGGAGGCAGGCCCCGACCCCAUGGAGCUGCUGAUCAACGACAAGGUGGCCCAGCUGCCCCUGAGCCUGAAGGACAACGGCUGGCACCACAUCUGCAUCGCCUGGACCACGAGAGAUGGCCUGUGGUCUGCCUACCAGGACGGGGAGCUGCGGGGCUCCGGGGAGAACCUGGCUGCCUGGCACCCCAUCAAGCCUCAUGGGAUCCUUAUUCUGGGCCAAGAACAGGAUACUCUGGGAGGUCGAUUUGAUGCCACCCAGGCCUUCGUGGGUGACAUUGCCCAGUUUAACCUGUGGGACCACGCCCUGACAUCUGCCCAGGUUCUGGGCAUCGCCAACUGUACUGGGCCGCUGCUGGGCAACGUCCUGCCCUGGGAAGACAAGCUGGUGGAGGCCUUUGGGGGUGCAACGAAGACCGCCUUUGAUGUCUGCAAGGGGAGGGCUAGGGCAUGAGGGGCCACCUCGUCCAGGGCCCCUCCCUCGCCUGCCAAUUUGGGGACCUUACAGGAGGGGGGCACAUUCCCCCCCAGCCUACCCACACACUGGCCUCCCCUCCUGCUCACUCCUGACCAUGCCUUUCAUUUCCCCCACCUACACCCCCACCUCCAGCAAGCCUGCCCUGCGAUGCUGUCCCCCGAUCCCACCUGGGGUGAGUCCAGGGCCUGCAGGGGUGGGUAGCAGUGCCCACCCCCUGACAUUAUACCACAGCCCUCUCUUACCCCCACCACCCCCUCUUCCAUUGACCACAUCUGAAUUCACUGAUGUCAACAGCAUCCCAUGGAGCUGUUGCCGGGGAGGGCCCACUGUCCACCGAUGGCCCCCAUGCAACAGGCCUGACCCUUCCCCUUCAGGGCUGCAGAGCAGCCCCUGCUGAGAAGGGGAGGGCAGAGACCUAGGAGAUUCAGACUGACCCUCCUCCCCUCUCCACCAGCUGCAGUCAAGGGCAGCGGGAUCUUGAUGGGCCCUCUACCCCACACCCACACCCCGCCUGUACCCACCCCCUCUCCUCCUCCUCCUUCCUCAUUGCUUUGUGUGCAGUGGAUUGAAUGUUGGUUCCAUGCCGUCCAAGCCCCACCUCCAGGACAUUCCCUUCCCAGCUCUGGCCUGGAGGGUGAGGGGCCAAGACCCCAGGGGGGCACAGGGCCAGAGUCACCCCUGUGCCCACCCACAGCUGUGUCCACUCUGUGGCUAGGACGGGGCCUGGGCCACUUCGGCCUGAGCUAGGAGUGGCACGAGGCAGAGGCCCGGUGCCCCCGGGGACCAGGCCCUGGCAGAGCCCCAGUACCACCGUCUCUGAGGAGGGAAGGGGCACCUUCUCACUGACCAGGAUGCAUCAGGUGUCUCGUCAGGUGUCGUGCAUCAGGAAGGAGCGCCCAUGAGAAGGAGCCGCCCUGGUUCCCUGCCAGCUCUGCUGUGUGGCCUUCUCUCAGUCCCUGCCCCCUCUGGGCUAGCCUUCCUCAUUUGUGAGCAUUUGAGAUGGUCUGUGAUUUCUGGUGAAUAAGGUGGGGCAAGCCUGAGAACUUUCCUGGUGACCAAGGGCAUGGCAGGGGCAGGUCCUGGGACGGGCAGCACGUGGGGCCUGGCUAGGCACGGGUCAGGGCCAGCAGCUGGCUCAGAGCAUCAGAGGCAAGGGCAAGGGGCCAGGCAGCCCCACCUCAUGUGCAUACUGUAAACACCAGCUCUUCUGCCCGCCCCCCCCCCCCAGCCUGGCACUCUGGCCUGUCUGAGUGCGUCUCAAUGGGCUGGUGGCUUCCUGGUCCCCACCCUUGAGUCCUCACCAGCUCCCCCAUGGGCGUGAAAGAAUGUCAGAGCUGACAGGGGAGAGCUCAGAGAGGGCAAGUGAGUUGUACAGGAUCACCCAGCACAGUGGGGCAGAGCCCAGACUAGAGCCCAGGCUCUGACUCCCUCCUCAGUGCUCUUCCCCCACCCCAUCCUGCCUGCCGUGAGGGGCUCUGAGUCCAGCCUACACCUCGAGGGGCCACACCUGAGAGGCCGGAAUGCUUCCCAACAUGACCACCCGAGCAUCUUCCUCCAUGAAACUCGUCUGGGCAGCCCCUACCUCCUGGGAGGCCUGACCCUGGCAUCGUGGCAGGAACGGGGAGCUGAGGACACAGUGGUCCCUCCCCUGCCAGUCACCUACCAGGUCUGGGCAGCUGCGAGCUACCUGACUCGAGUGGGCACUGGUGCCUUUUGCCCGUUUUGCUCCUGGUCUCACCCCCACUGCCACUUAGCUUGAGGCAGGACGUAAGAGCUGCGGGCUGUGGGGGCUCUUCUGAGACUGUGGCCUCCAGCCCCCCAGAUCCUGGUCCCCAUUUAAAGAGCAGGAGUAGACCUUUCGGCACCUCCGGUCAAUUAUGCAUGACCUCGGGCCACAGACUUGGAAGAAGCCAGGAGAAGGAGCGAUGAUGGCGUGCUUCAGCCAGAACCUGCUGGGAUCUAGGUUGCCCUGGUAACAGCCAAUGACAUCAGCCCAAGUACUGGGUCAAGUAUCUCCUAGUGACAUGCGCUGUUGCUGGGGUGAUGGCAGAAUUGGGAACUUGUACGUCAGGGGCAUGGCCACCGGGCCGUAUUGGGUUUCUAUUUUUGUUUUUAAGGAAGCAGCUGUUGUGAGGUCUUGGGGGAGAGAAUGGGUCUUAGGAUGGAGGUGACAGGACUUGCUUGGUCGCUCGAGCCCACCCAGAGGACAUCCAGGUCCUGUGCGCUUUGUCAUGGUGAUGAGACGCCUGAUGCACCCUGGUCAGCCAUCCAGGGGGAACAGGACAAACGGGGGAUGGGGGGCAGGCUCUGAGUCUGGGCCAUUGGUGAGUGGCCUGGAUCCCACUUCCAUUCCAGGAAAAUGACAGCCCAUGUCCCCACCCUUCAUACAUUGGCCGAGUGCCUGCUGUGUGGAUGUCAGCUUUGAUCUGCAGCUGCUCCCAGGCACAGCCAAGCAGGAAGAGGAUCUAGAAGUGGGGCCCUGAGCUGCUCCUGUCUCAUAGCGAUGCGGGCUCUUACGUCAUUUUAAGUGUCAGGCACUGUGCUGAGCACCCCCUGGGCAUCACCUCAUUUAUCCUCACAAUGCUAGGACUCUCCUCAUACACGUGUGGAGACGAGCACAGAGAGGCUAGGUAACCUGCCCAGUGUCGAUCAGCCAGCAAGUGAUGGAGCCCAGAGUUCAAACCCAGGCAGGUUCCCUCGAGGGCCCACGCUCAGCCCCGGGGACAGUCAUCCCACGCUGUGGGGUGGGAUUUGGGCACCAUUGCUCCCAGUGGGUUUCAGCCUGAAGGGCUGUGUCUGGCUCUCUUCUCCCCCUCACCCCGCCCCCCCCCCGCCCCC